AUGGACCCUCGGAUCAGUGCGAUGAGAGCCAUCCAGUCUGUAGGGCGCCCCCCCGUAGCCGCUACUCCCAGUCUUGAAGAGCCACUCUCUCCAGGCUUCGAUGUCCACGUAGCCGCUCGGUCGACGUCGUGGUCAACAUCGCAUACUGGCUCACCGGCCUCGCCACGACUCUCUACCGAGCACCACCUACGUCCUUUCUCUUGGGAAUUCAAGCUGUUUCACCAUUUCACAGUUGCUACAAGCCAUACACUGCCUGGAAGCCACAUACCAAGCGUCAAAGACUGCUGGUCGGUGCAGGUCCCUCCAUUAGCGGUCGAUUAUGAGCCGCUGAUGUACGGCCUUCUUGCAUUGUCCGCACUCCAUAUGAUAUCAACGGGAUGCGAGGACCCAGAGCUUAUACGCUGUCGUGAUCAUUAUCUAGACGCUACGCUCCGAGCGCACCGUCAGGGACUGACUGGACUGCGAAAAGAGACCGCUGAUGCGGCCUGUUUCGCGUCCAUCAUCCUGAUGGUGGACACAUUUGCUGCCUUGCAUGGUCGGCCCCUCGAUCCAUAUGAGCCUCCAGUCUCUGACCUGCGAAUCGCUCGAGGCGUCCGCGUUGUGUUCCAAGCAGCAUGGGAACACAUCAAGGACGACCCCGACGCCAGCGCCAUGAUCAUCGUCAGAACUUUUACUUCGUCGUCAGGAGUUUCCGAAUCAAUCAGCCAGGCUGACAUCGGUCCUUUCUCCAAGAUUCUGGAGGAUCAAACUCAACUUGAAGGAGACACUCCUCAGGAUAUCGAAUCGGAUUUGCUACAUGUAUACCCUAAGGCUCUUCGACACAUUCGAUCUAUCCAGAAUGCCGUCCGCUCGCGCGAACAUCCAAUGGUGCUGUGCCGAAUCAUCAUGUCCUUUGCGGGCCUAGUUCCGGAGAGGCUCCUGGACUGUGUCGAAGAAAGAAGGCCCCGUGCUCUGAUUAUAUUGGCUCACUACUUCUCGCUUGCUUCGAAUGCACGCGAGGUCUGGUGGAUCGGCGAGUCUCCAGGACGAGAGGCGGCUGCAGUUCGCGAGGUCAUACCAAGUAAAUUCUUGCACUUGUUAGGUGAGAUGGAAUAG